AUGAAGGAUGUUCUGUACGAUCGACAGCUUCGUUUAUGGGGUGAGGAAGGACAGUCUUCUAUCGAAGCUAGUUCGGUUUGUGUGAUCGGUUCAUCUGCACUAGCAUCAGAGAUUCUCAAAAGUUUAAUAUUGGCUGGAAUCAAAAGCUUCUGUAUAAUUGAUGAUGCUGUGGUUACAAUGCCUGAUCUAGGACAAAAUUUUUUCAUUCAACGUUCAGAACUCGGGAAACACAGAGCCGAAGUAGUCACUCAUUAUUUAAAGGAGUUGAGGGACUCCGUCAUCGGAGAGUAUAUCAUUCAGUCUCCUUAUGACGUAAGAGAUGAAGUGCUGGAUAAGCUCCUCAACUUUUCUGUUGUAGUCACCACUAAUGUCUCUGAUCAGACUGCAAUGAAGAUAUCUUCUCGGCUUUUCCCUGCUAAUGUACCUUUCAUCACCGCGAGAGUAUAUGGUCUAUUGGGAUAUAUCAGAGUUUCCGCAAAUGAGCAUACAAUCGCUAAUAAUCACAAUGAGCAUCUCAAACCCGAUUUGAGAUUGGAUAUGCCUUUCGAAACGUUAGCCAAGUUCAUAGCUGAUUCUCCUGCCAUCACCGAUCUAACAAUAGAAGAUGCUCGACACACUCCUUACUUGAUUUUGUACUUCAAAGCUUUACAAGAUUAUCGCUUGGCUUUGAAAGAUCCCAACGCAUUCCCAUCGAAUAGCAAAGAAAGAAAUGCUUUUCUAUCAACCAUGAAUGACUACCGAAAUUUCUUCAAUUCAGAGAAAACGAUUUUCGAUAACUUUAACGAAGCCAAAGCUGCGGUAUAUAGAUGUUUAACAAGGACAACGAUUCCCAUUGAAGUUCAAGAAAUCCUCAGUAACUCGAGGUGUAACAGAGAAUCCAAAUGUCAAGAACCGUUCUGGAUCAUAUGCACAGCUCUCCGUCGAUUUGUUGAACGACAUUUCGUAUUGCCAUUAGCUGGAGGUAUACCUGAUAUGACAAGUGACAGUGUCAGAUAUACUAAGCUCGCUGCUUUGUAUCAUGAACAAGCUAUAAUAGAUGCCAACGAAGUCUUUGAACUGACGAAAGAAGUUGAAAGUGAAAGAGAUGUUGGUGAUCUCAUCAGUUCUCAACAGUGUUAUAACUUUUGCAAGAACGCAGCCAAAAUCCGCUUCAUGCAAGGAACUCCAAUUGGUCAGGAAAAUCUCAAUGAUAUUGUCAGAAGUAUAGCUGCUGCUGAUAACGAUGAAGUGUCUCUAUCUAUGUGGUUGUUGUUAUUGAAGGCUUCUGACUUAUUUUAUCACCAGAAGAUGAGAUAUCCCGGUACCAAUGGAGUUCCUUGGACCAUCGAUGCAUUCGACUUGAAGCAGCGAAUCAAAGUUCUGAUCAAUGAAUCGGAGAUUUCGGAGAAAGAUAGAGCGUUUAAUAAAAUCCCAUCUUCAGCUAUUGACGAGAUAUGUCGGUAUGGAGCGUCUGAACCUCAUGUUGUCGCUUCCUUAGUUGGAGGUAUUGCUGCGCAGGAAGUGAUCAAAUUGGCAACAAAUCAGUAUGUCCCUGUUAGCAAUGCCAUUCUCUUUGAUGGACAUACUCAACAGACCCAUACGUUUGAACUUUGA